CACACACACACACACACUAGGACAGGACAGGGGCUACUGUUGGCCAGAGCAGUGGACCAGCCACAGGUGAAACACACUUUUUGUAUAAUUAUUUCUCUACAAAAGCUGAUCAUUUCGACAAAAACAAGACCAAACGCACUUGUUUCUUUUAUGAAUCUGGCAAACUACUCUUACUUCUCUGGCAUGUGCAACAUGACCGCAGAGACGCAGCACUCGCCUGCAGAGGCAAGUCCUGUUGUCUUGUCUCCAAAUUUGAGCUUGGAUUCUCCGCUGCCGCCUCUGAUGAUGCAGCAGGCCCGGUCAAAGGACAACGUUCUGAUCAAGUCUGAGCCAAGAGGAAACGGUCCCAGCGCGGACGAUGGAGCCGCUCUGGGCCAGACUGAGGAGCACCUGCCCAUAGGCAGCCGCCGGAGGAAGAGGCCCGUGCAGAGGGGGAAACCUCCCUACAGCUACAUCGCCCUCAUCGCUAUGGCCAUCGCCAAUUCCCCCGAGAGGAAGCUCACGCUGGGGGGCAUCUACAAGUUCAUCAUGGAGCGUUUCCCUUUCUACAGGGAGAACUCAAAGAAGUGGCAGAACUCCAUCCGCCACAACCUCACCCUCAAUGACUGCUUUGUGAAGAUCCCCCGGGAGCCCGGCAGACCAGGCAAAGGCAACUACUGGACACUGGACCCCGCAGCUGAGGACAUGUUUGACAACGGGAGCUUUUUGAGGAGGAGGAAGAGGUUCAAGCGCACAGAUGUGAGCACGUACCCCGGGUACAUGCAGAGCUCCAGCGCCUUUACGCCAACCCCAAUGGGCAGGCCAUCGUACCCAAACACCAUUUACGCAGGAAUAGGCUCUGGUUAUGGGUCUCAUCUGACAGCCACGUCGUCCCCACACCAUCCCGCCAUGCUGCAUCACUACCAGACAUCAGCCGGGGUCGGACAAGGACAGCCACGCAUGUUCAGCAUCGACAACAUCAUCAGUCAGCAGGCGGUGGUGCAGAGCGGCCCGGUACCGGAUCUCAGCUGUCAAGCGCUGCAGGGGCUGAGUGGUGGUGACCUGCAGGGCACCAUGACCUCCAGCUGCUCGGUGACCGGCGCAGACCCGUCUGCGUGCUUCCAGAGUCAGACUGCAGUCAACCCAUCAACGAACAUGCAGAGUAGAAACAGUGGAAAUAUCACAUCCAAUUUGGUGCCUGGGUACUCGUACUCCUCCUCGGCCUCUCCUCCAAAUCUGUCCACGAUGACUCAGUCAGGUUUUUCCCCGGGGGGCUCUCAGGUUUACUGCCCGGGUAACCGGCUCUCUCUGCCUGCGCUACGCCCGGGCUCCUGCGCCGAGCACACGGAGCAGCUGCUGGGCCUCUCCAGCCCCAUCAACUCUUACAACAACACCUACAUGAGACAAGCCAACUUUGCAUCAGGAUUAGACCGCUAUAUGUGAGACUAAUACACACAUGUAAAACAAUUACACAAAUAUAGGCUCAUCACAGUCACAUAUUUAAAUAAUAUUCGCAUAUGAGUCCACGCAAAUGAAAUAUUACAAUAGAUAGGUGAUAUAUUAAUGACUCACUACUGUCACCAUAUGAUGGGGAUUCAUUUUGUCCAAAAUUAGAAACGAAAUGACUAAAAAAUUACUCAUGCAAUACGCAUUCAAAUCUGCAAAGCCAUGAUUCGACACAUUCCAUGACUGUAUGUUGUUUUUGUUUUUUUUACUGUGACAUGUUUCGUUCACAUUCCUUUAUGUCAGAGUUUAAAUUUGUUACUUAAACAUUUAAGUUGCUGUUUGUCAUGUAAAUAGUUUGACGUUAUCUUUAAUAAAAUACAUGUUGUAAUGGCGAGAAGAGAUGGUCUCAAAUAAAUCCAUUGUCUUGGUAAUUUAAAUGUGUUUGAUACAUAUAUUUUUUAAUGUGUUUUAUACGUUCCAACGAGUGAGCGAGUUAUUCUGUUGGCUUUUAUUUUCAUAGUAGCCACCUUCGUUUGUGUAAUAAUUUGUAUGACUGUAUUUUGUAUUAAAAGCAAAACAUAUUCAUAUUCAACAGAAAUGCUUUAAUCUUUGCAGAUUAGUUUUUGGGUACUGCCAUCAAUUUAAGGAAGUAUACAUCUUAAAACACGGGCCUUGUAAAACACUUUCACAAUUGUAAUCUACCUAUUAAACAUGUACAAAAUAAUGAUCCAGCAAGAAAAGAAUUCACAUGCGACCUCAAAUUCAACUUUCUGUCCAGCUAUAAUAGAUUUCAAGCGUGAAAUAUAGGUCUCACAUCAAGAGCGUAAAAAGAAUAAUUUGUAUUUUUAUUUUAA